AUGUCCUCCAAAAGAGAACACUCCCUGUCCCCGGAAGCUGAGAAGAAGCGCGCGAGGGUAGCAUCCCCGACAUGCGGACGACCCGAGGGCUCAGCUGUCCCGGCGGCCGGUGACGGAAUUGGCAAAACCCCCCAGCGCGAAACUCAGGCUGUGGUCGAACGCCUAUCAGAUGACAGGUAUUCCUUCCGAGGAGAUUGGGAAAAAGUGGUGGACGCAAUUUCCGCCAUCGAAGAGCUUCGAUGCAGCGACUACAUCUGCAUCGGAACGGUGCGGAUAACGCACAAAUUGGACUACUUGACGGAGCUGCUGACGUCGCCGAAUCCCAAAACGCAUAAGCUCCUCAAGUUUAACGAGUACCUGACAGAAGACUACGACAACGCGUCGGUGAUCUGCGGCAACUGCGGCUUCAUCGGCCACACUCUGAUCGACUGCAUCUGGCCAGACAAGGAUGGGUCAAUAUACGGGUGCCCCAUGUGCAACACGAAGCUGCACUGCAUGGACGAAUGCCGGCUCCACAAGUCACUAACAGACAGGCAGCUCUGUUACAUUCUCGUCUUCCGCAGGGCGAACAAGCCCGCCAUCAGAACGACCCGGGCCUGGGUCGACCACGUCAGGACGGCGGCGCACCGGGACUACAGGGACCUUCUCGAAGCCGGGUUCCCGUGGUCGUGGAAGUUCGGGCGGCGCGUCCAGAGGCCGGAAAACGUCCACCGUCGUCCCUGGGACGCGUACGACUACGCGCGCAACUCGGAGCUUCAGCACACGCUCCCGCGGGACCCCGCGACGCGCGAUCUGGAGACUGUGCUGCGGAGCCCUGCGCUGGCAAAUGAGCGUCACAAGUCUGCUGCCAGCACCGAGCGCCACAGAGCCGGUGACAGCUAUGUUGGGCGCGGGAUCCGUAAGAACGCAAAGGACAGAUCGGUUGAACGGGUGCCUGCGGACGAGAAGGAAAUCACCUGGGAGAGCAUAUUUUCGGAAUGA